AUAGUGGAGUUGAUAUGAAACCGAAGCUUGUGGUGGAAAUUUGUGGGGAAUUUGUUUUCAUUCAAAUAUAGCCUUUACGUCAGGAAAUUACCGGCACUUUCUACGCGUCAUACGUGAUUGGGAGGGGCCUGUUUCGUCUUGUCAGUGAUUGACAGCUGCUGAGUCCAACCCCAGCCAGGCGUGACGUCAAAUGGCUUACUUAAGAGCGAUGGCGCAACCCAGAGACAUCCAGUGCUUAUUUCUACAAAGACGAUAGCGCGUAAACAUGGAGAAACUGUACGAAAGAAUCUGACGGAGACCAAGAUGGCGCAGAACAGCCAGAAGAUGAAGCGACAGCAGCUAAACGCAAAUUUGUCGCCGACACAUACGCGGAGUCUCUUGGUUUUCGACGAGGAAUACCAGAAUACGUGAGGAUUUUGUCGUGACCGUUCAGUCCGAGAAGAAAAGCGGAAAAUGGCUCCGACUGUUUCCGAGGGGGGCUCCGAGCGAUCGGCCAUGGAGAGGUUUGGUAGCGGGGGGAUGGCGCUUCUUCCCUGGACCAAACAGAUGCUGACCGUGCUGUGGGAACACCUCCGGCUCCUGGUUCAGGUCAUCUACUACACUUUCUUGUCAGUUUUUCAGAUGUUCAGGUUUGAGCUUCAUGUGAGGAUCACUGAUGAAUCAGGAGAACACAUCCAGCAUAUGGGCACAGGAGAACCAGAGUCCUUCCUCUUCUCUUCACUGUUCGACGGAGAAAACGGAGUCAUGGUUGGCGGUUCCAAUCCCCUCUCCACCUUCUGUGCAGAUGUUGGUGACCCCUUCACCGGGAAGUCCACCGCUGAGGCCCUACUGUCCAGUCUGCGUGGAGACGAUCUGUGCUGUGGACUCGUGGAGGACUUUGUGUCCAGAUCAGCUGGCAAAGAGGACAGCAUCCUGCUGGGACACCAGUCCACCUGGAAGAUGGGAUUUCCUGGAGACUGGAACAUCUUUGUGUCGAGCAGCGACGGCUCCAGUUCCACCGACGCCUGUCAUAAACGCAGCGAGAAAAUUUCCAAGCCAGAUUUAUCCAAAGAGAAGGUUUUCAAACAGGAUACUUCAGAGGAGGAGAGAAGUUCUCACUGGAGCAGCGAGGAAGACCAGAACCUAGUGGAAUUUGAGAGUGAAGAAAGUAAGGCACUUUGGGAGUCACUGUCCAAAUCCAGUGAUCCGUACAACCCUUUCUUUUUCUCUGCCUGCAUUUCAACCAAGUCAGACAUGGGGCAAAGCAAGAGUGAAGGCGGAGAGGGCACCGAUUCUGACCUGACGGUGACCAAGGCUGGUGAAGUGCUGUUGGGGCCUCCAAAGCUGAAUAUGUGGGUCUGUCAUUCUGACAGUGAGAGCAGCUGGAGCAGCUGGGCCAGUUCAGAUGGUUCAAGCCCCGACAUCGACAAGGAGGAGAACGAGCGGCUCUGGGACUUCUUCAGCAGCCCUGAAGACCCCUACAACCCACUGUGUUUCACCGCCACCUCAGCCACUGUGUCUCAACGACCAGCUCCUCUUCCUGCUCCUCCCCCUAAAUCCGACACGGACUCUGAAGACAAGGAAAGCAGCUUUGCUACAUCCGACGAUGACGAGGAAGAACUGCUGUGGAAUUCCCUCAGCCAAAAGGAUGACCCCUACCACCCGUUAAACUUCCAGGCCUGUCUCCAGAGCUCCUUGACUACUGCCCAGCAUGAGAAUACUACUGUCUUUAAUACACUCCACACAGAAAAUCUAUCCACAGAGACAAAGAAGAAGCCAAAAGCAUUCAGAAAAUCCAGAUCUGCUGAAUCUCGGCCUGCUCUGACGGAAAGAAAUUUGAAGCAGCACAGCCAUCCGGAUAAAACUCUAGUUCCCUGGAAAAGACCCGAGCAGAGCCCACCUGUGGAGAAGAGAAUCAAGGCCAGCUCCACACAGAAAAAGGUGCAGUUUUCUCCUCUGGUCCAAGUUCAUGUCAUGCGGACCUGGCCGUUUGCUCGCCAGGCAUCCCGUAAAGGACACUGGGAAGAACUGGCCCGAGACCGGGACCGCUUCAGGAGGCGGGUUUUGGACACGGAGCGGGCCAUCGGUAACUGUUUCACCCAGUCCCACAGAGAGAAGAUGCGGGCAUUUGUGGACGGUGCCUUGAAGCAAAUGAAGGGUCCUGAUCUCUGAGUGUCUCAUUUCCUGUGUGGAUGAGAACUUGUGAUUGGUUGCAAUGCAACAGCGGUGUUUGGUUUAGGCCAGAUAGGAGUUUGAUCUGAGGCCAUUUUUAAUGUUUGGUGUCCCGUUGAACAACUUUGUACCUCAGAGGUUUUCUACGUUGUGUAGCUGUUGCACUGACUGACACGUUCUCCUGAUAGCCUCAGCAUUAACGUGUGGAAUGUUUUGUAUGCCUUAUACUCUGACCUAGUAAUGUAACUUAUUCAUGCCCUAUGGAGCUUGUUUAUUUUUACUGAUCAUUUCAGGUUUUUAUAAAUGUGUGUGAGGAAACCACAGUUCUGAGUAGAAGUUUAAAAUAGACGACCGAGUCCUAAAGACAGCAGAGCUUCACAUUACAAAGUGUUUUAAUCACAUAUUUAAGCAUGGUGCAGACAUAUAGAGUUUGGUGCAAUCCUGGGUGUACUGUUGACAUGUUUUAUGCCUUGAUUUGUACUUUUUAUUUUUAUUUUGUCCUGUAUUUUUUAUUUUCUAUCACUGCAGACAUUUGCGAGCUCUUAGUAACAAGUGAGGACAAACGAGCAACUCCGAUCCGGGCUGAUUAGACUCAUUCUGAUUAAAAUGACUCGCUCAGCUUAUCGUGAUGUGUACUCAGAAGUCUGUUCAUAGCAAGCUAAUUGUUCUUUGUGGAAUCAAUAAAAUGUGUUAGUUAA